AUGACCGAAUCAGAUAUUGAGGAAUCAGCAGCCUUGUAUGAAUUACAUUAUUCAAACGCUUUCUCCCCAAAUUCGAGACAAACCUUUAGAAUAUGUUUAAAUUUGAAAACUUUAAUUGAUAAGGUGAUCCCAAUUGUGUUUGAUGAGAAGGAUAUAACAGCUCAGAAUUCUACAAUUUUAAAUUCCAACGUUAUUGAGUUGGUUUAUACCUCAGCUGGGGGAAGGGGAGAUGGUAAAUAUGGCACGUCUGCCUACAAAUAUCGUGCAGCUUUAGUGUUUUGCUUGUUGAAAGUAUGCGAUUGGUAUUGGCAACAGGCCGAAAACGAAUUAUGGGACAAUGAAUUAUAUUUCUUAAGAGCGGUUACAGCGCAAAGAUUAGCAGCUAUUAUUAUUGAGAAUACAUCGGACGAUGAGUAUUUAUUUUUGGGGAUGUUGUGCCAUAGAUAUACUAUUAAUUUGCAUGGUGUGGACUCUCAACCGAUCAGCGUAUUAGAAUUAGCAGUAGAUAUGCAUUCAACCAUGGUAAUUGGAUCAUCAGGCUAUCAAAGGUGUAUGAAAUGGAUAUGGAGAGGUUGGAUUAUUCAAUCUCCAACUGACCCUAAUCUGUAUGUUUUAUACAGGGGGGCUCCAUCGUUAUCGAUAAAAACACAUUUUGACCCGGCAAGAAUCAGAACACCAUUGUACCAAAAUAUUUUGGAAAUCGCCUUUAGUAUGAUCUACUUGAUAUUAUUUACUAUUAUUAUUAACACUAACGACGUGAAAACCGUGCCUUUAGAUGGAUUUGAGAUUGUAUUUUACUUGUUUACGGUAGGAUCUAUUUUGGACGAGGUGGUUAAGUUUUACCAUGUUGGAUUAAAUUACAUUGGAUUCUGGAAUGUGUUCAAUGACACAAUGUACUGUAUCAUUCUUAUCUCAGUUGGAUUUAGAUUUGCUAGUUUGAAUACGCAUGGUUCAUUAAAAAAUACGUAUGAUGAGGCUUCGUUUAGAAUAUUGUCGUGUGCUUCGCCUUUCAUGUGGUCCAGAUUAUUGCUUUACUUAGAUGCACAGAGAUUUGUUGGUGCGAUGAUUGUCGUUGUUAAGACCAUGAUGAAGGAAAGUUUAAUUUUCUUCUUCUUAUUGGCUGUCGUGAUUUUAGGAUUCUUGCAAGGUUUCCUCGGUUUAGAUGCUUCUGACGGAAGAAAUGAAGCUACUAAGCGGAUUUUAAUUUCAUUAGUGAAUGGAAUUAUUGGCGAAGCAAGUUUUGAUGAUCUUUCAUCGUUGGACCCACCAUACGCAUCGAUAUUGUAUUACAUUUACUCGUUUGUUCUCAGUGUUAUUCUUAUGAAUAUUUUGAUUGCUUUGUAUUCUACUGCCUAUGCUAACAUUGUUGAGAAUGCAACCGAUGAGUAUUUUGCGUUGGUUGCCCAAAAGACAUUGAGGUACGUUAGAGCUCCAGACCAGGAUCUUUAUGUUCCUCCUUUGAACCUCAUUGAAUUAGUUCUUACUCCUUUAUCCUUUUUUGUCAGCAAGUCAACGUUUAGACUAAUUAAUCACUUCAUAAUGUUGGUUAUCUAUUCCCCAUUGUUAACCUACAUUACCAUUGAUGAAUUGCAAAAUGCUAGAAGAAUUCAAUACAACAGAUUCAAAGGUAUACCAGAUGAUUCCAAUGAGUUAGACACCGAAUGGGACUUAACAGAUGGAUACGAUGCUGAUACCGACUCUGGAAUUCAAGAAAGAGAUACAGAAGUCAAUACUGCAGUUCGUGAACAGAUUAUAGGCGAAAACCAAGAUUCCGAAUUCCCUAUCGAUUUACGAAAGUUUAAUACAGAUAUCGAUAGGGUAGUCCAGCCGGUCAAUCAGGCUAGCAAAGCCGGUAUCAAAUGGGAAUUCUACGAAAUUUAUAGCAAGAUUGAUAAGCUUACUGUUCUAGUGGAAGCAGUGGUCAAAGAAAACCAAGAAUUGCGGAAGAAGCUUGAAGAAAAAAAGUAA